AAAUGUGGAAAUGAAAAGGCAGCAGUGCAGGAAACCAACACACAGCCCAUAUCAUUUGUUCGGAUGGUUUGCAUUCAGGGUGAGCUUGUCAGAAAAUUGUUACCUCUGCCAAGGGUGCCUCUGGGCCUGCGGCAAUGAAGUACCAGUAUAAAAGGCAGCCCAGCUCCCUGCUUUCUCAUCCAAUUCUCUCGCCUCAUCCUCCUUGGGAACCAGGUGCAUCUCCAGCCCCAAGACAUGUCCUGCUACAACCAGUGCCUGCCAUGCCGGCCCUGUGGCCCAACCCCGCUGGCCAGCAGCUGCAAUGAGCCCUGCAUCAGGCAGUGCCAGAAUUCCACUGUCGUCAUUGAGCCCUCUCCUGUGGUGGUGACCCUGCCCGGCCCCAUCCUCAGCUCCUUCCCACAGAACACCGUUGUGGGAUCCUCCACCUCUGCUGCCGUUGGCAGCAUCCUCAGCUGUGACGGAGUCCCCAUCACCUCUGGGUGCUGUGACCUCUCGGGCAUUUCCAGCCGCUACUGUGGCAGAAGGUGCCUGCCCUGCUAAAGCCACUGGCCAUGGCCCUGGGGUUCCAGCACGACCAUGGUGCUGGACAAUAGAAGGAGGAAUCUUCAGGCCAUUGCUUUCAGAAUGACUGAACUUCCCCACCUCCUCUGGCAAAUACUGGCAGGAGCCAGACCAGGGGCUACCCUGAGAUUUCUG